AUGAAUGUAGCAGAGAUGAGAACGCUUAGGUGGAUGAGUGGAGUGACGAUAGAAGAUAGGAUAAGGAAUGAGUACAUACGAGGUAGCUUAGGCGUGGCUUCGAUAGUAGAUAAAAGGAGAAGAAAUAAACUGAGAUGUUGUGGGCAUGUCAUGAGGAGAGAGGAAUCUGAAGCAGUUAUAAUUGUAAUGAAAACAAACGUAAUAGGAAAGAGGGGCAGAGGAAGACCGAAAAAGAAGUGGUUGCGUGUGAUUGAGAACGAUACGAGGACAUCCGGUGUAUGUGAGAUAGGAGAUCGGGUCAAGUUGAAGUUUAAAACGAGCCUGGCCCGACCCCAAACAGUUGAGAUGAGUGCGAAGGAGGAGGAGAAAAAGUGA